AUGGAGAAUGUCGUUGCAUUGUCGGGGACCGACGCUUUUCGGGAGAGUGGCCAUGGCUCAGGCACGUUUGGCACGUUUGAAGACCUCGGCCUCGCAAUAAUUGGCCUUGGGGUGGAAUAUCCGGCGUUCCAGCUCACCCCGCCAGAUCUCAGGACUCUUGCUAAGCGUCAUUACCGGGACUCUCCUGCUAUGUCAAAAGUCAUGACGAUUAACGACUACACCGGCAUCGACACGCGCUCCUCGAUAGGCACCAUCGACAAUCCACUGGUGAAUAGGAGAAAGGCACCAGCCAAGUUUUAUUACAUGGCGUUGGCUGCGCGGGCGGGCUUGCGGCGCUUAGAACGGCUGCGAAUAUUGCAACGGGCUCUAAUUUUCGGCGGAGACCGGCACGAAUACUUGUAA